AAUAUUUAGCUUGUCAUAUUAAGCGUGGUUAGUACUGCUCGUGGCAAUAGCUUGGUUUAGUUAGCGUGCCCAACAAUGUGCCGCGAUUUGUAGACGCUUGAUAAAUUAUAUUUGGGCUAAAUACAUGAGCGUGACAUUAAAUAGACACAUACUUGCAUUAUUCUUUCGGAUAGCAAAUCAGUCAAAUAUGGAGUUAUUUCAUAUGAUACUUCUAAAAAUAUGUUUACGACAACGCGGAGGACUCAAUUUAGGGUCCUCUCUGGGUCCUCAGUCUCCAAGGCAACGAUAUACACAAACUUGGUAGUGGGUUUUCAGCUGAUGGUCUUCAGCUCAGUGGUUUUCAAUCACUUUUCAGAUUAUGAGAAGAGUCUGUCAAACUAGUAUUAUCUGAUGUACAAUUUACAACAAAAAUAAGAUGUCGGUUCAAAGCAUCAGACUCCCUCCUUUACCAGUACCGGAAAGACUCUAUCCAGACUGUCCUCCCUGUGACAAUGACAAAAUGAUGUUGCAGAAAGAGACUAGUCACAAGGGGACCCGAGGAUCACGAACCUCCAGGGUAGGACCUGCCUCUGGCUACCUGUCCACAUGGCCAGCUCACAUGACCUCACGCAUCACUGAUGAGGCGAGGAGCUGCUUCACCAAGGAAAAGAUAAGGAUCCAUGGGUGCGACGACGGCCUCAGCGGGCCUCCGCUGGGGAAGCCUCGGUUUCUCGAGCUCCUGGAGGAGCACCUGCGGCAGGAGCUGCAGGACUGGAACCCGGAGCUACCCAAAGCGCAUGAGCGCAAACUGCAGGCAUAUCGAGAUGUCUUUGACUACUUCAUUGAAGACUUCAGAACUUACAAGCCUCUCCUCACUUCCAUCAAAAACGAAUAUGAAUCAGCCCUAGGGCACCUGCGGGAUCAGAUCCGGGAGCUGGUGCCCCUGCGGGCACAGCUGGCGAUACUGUCGGAGGAAAGCGACCUGCGCAUCAUGGCUCUGUGCAAGGAGGAGAAGGAAGAGGUGAUGAAAAUGAAGGAGGAGUGCAGAAACCUGGAGAAAGUGAUUGACACCAUGAGGGAGGAGCAGAAAUGUUUACAGGCGCAGGUGAGUUGCCUGGAGAAGGAUCUUCGUGCUCAGUACCUGGCGUACCGUGACGAACGAGACGCCCGAAAUCUGCUCAUCGACAAAGUUAACUGCUUGGCCAACGAAAAGGAGCAGGACCACCACGAGGAGCACGAGGAGGAGGACCUGUUGAAACUGAAGCUGACGCUGAAGGUGUGCCGGGAGGAUAUGACCCGGGCCCAGGUGGAGCUCAACCAGCUCCAGGCUGACUAUGCGGACGUGGUGCCCCGGCGAGACUGGGACAACCUGGAACGCUCCCACCAGGAGAACCAGGAGCAGCUGGAGGUUUUGCAGAAGGACUUCGAUCAGCUGCAGGCCCAGCAUGACACGCUCGUAGAGGAGCACCAGCAGGCCGUGCAGGAGCGGGACAGCCUCCAGGCCAAGCUGGAGGGCGACCGCGCCUACACCCCUCGGCCCGAAUGGGAGAAAUGCUCAGGUACGGCGCGGAGAGAGACCUGCUCCAGACUCACUCUGACCCUCCUCGGCACAGUCAGCACUGCCGAGAGAGAGCUUUACGAACGCUGGGAGGAGAUCUCGGCUGACCUGAGCAGUCAGCAGCUUCUGGAGCUUGUCCUGACAGAGCUGGGAGUUGCUUCUGAUGUGCAGGAAAAGGAGGUGGCGCUCCCCCUGGUGGCCACUCAGAGUAUUGGCGAUGACGUGCCAGAGUGCCUGCACUAUGAGGGGGAUUUUAAGAAGAUGAGCCUGAAGAAAGCAGAUGCAGUGAGAGUCAUAAAGGAUGUCUGGAAGGAGAAAGUGACCGAGGAUGAGCAGAACGAGGAGAGAAGCUACCUGGCCGAGUUUCUGCGCAGGCACCUGGACAGACAGCACGGGGAGCGUGCUGGUGACUGGGCCUACAACCUGCUGCAGACCUGCCAGCAGCACCGCGAGGAUGACCUCAUCGGCCUCUUCUAUGACAUCCUCACCGGAAAGGUGGACGAAAGCGUGUACCACGGGCAGACACACAUGCUGUCUCACCUGUUGAAAGAGCUGAUCCAGAGCGAUGCCACAGAGAACGGAAUGCUGACCAAUCAGGAGUUCAGCGAGGCUCUGAAGAGGGCUUUCCCUCUGAAGGAGGAGAGGGAUAUUGAAGAGCUGGUGACAGCUGCUGAGACUGAGCUGGGCAACAGCGACGGAAGCAUCUCCUAUCAGGCCCUGUAUACAGAGGAUUCGGACGGGAAGCACAGGGACUUCCUGAGUCUGGUGAAGCGACAGAGAAGUGAGGAGAGGCGCCAGUACGUCAACCAGCUGAGGGACCAGCUCGGAGAGAAAGAUAUGGUGGAGCUGGAGGAUCUGAAGAUGGCCUUCAAGAACAUCGACCCAACCUUGGGUCAGGCCACGCUGGAACGUUAUCUGGGUCUGGCUUUCCAGGCUCUACCCACCCAGCUGGAGCAGUCCCAAGCCCCCCUGGACACAGAGCUGGCCCUGCAGCGCCUCCUGGUGGCUGAUGUGAACAGGGCAGGACCACCACCAUCACCACCACAGGACCCAGAGUAAAAUGUACAGGAAUUUUUUUUUUUUGGAAAAAUCCUUACCUAGAAACAGAUGCAACAUGUUUUUCUAGCUUGGUAGCAAUUUUAAGAUUUAAGAUUAUAGCAGUAUUUUUGAAAAUGUAUUCUGUGCAGUAGAACCUGUGGAAGAUACAGUACCAUAGGUUUCUUUGAAAGCAUUAUGCAUCUAGGCAAUAAAAGUGAACUUGGUCUGUUCAUCAAUCAA